AUGGCCAUCGUGAGGGCCAAGGGGAAGCCGACCCUCUUCAUUACCAUCACGUGUAAUCCGAAGUGGCCCGAGAUCGCAAACGCCCUGUUGCCCGGACAGAAGCCCGAGGAUCGACCCGACUUGGUGGCGCGAGUGUUCCACCUCAAGCUCCGCCGCAUCAUCGGGGACCUGACCAAGCAGGCCGUCUUCGGCAAGCCGAGCGCCUUCAUGUGGGUCAUCGAGUUUCAGAAGCGCGGCCUGCCUCACUGUCAUCUCCUGCUCAUCCUGCAGCCGGAGGACCGGCCUCGGACCGGCGCCGAUGCGGACACGAUCGUCUCGGCGGAGCUACCGGACCCCACCGAAUCGCCGCAGUCGGCCCGUCUGCAGCAGAUUGUCCUCACCAGCAUGGUUCACAACGAGUGCGGCGCUGCUCGGCCGACCGCGACCUGCAUGAAAGACGGUCAGUGCUCCAAACGGUUCCCGAAACCGCUCUCCCACGAGACCAUCUGGCAGGAGGACCGAACGUACCCCCAGUACCGGAGGCGCGGACCCGAGGACGGCGGCCAGCAGGCGGAGCACAAUGGGAGGCUGGUGACGAACCAGUGGGUCGUGCCCUACAAUCCGCUCCUCAGCCUUCGCUACGAGUGUCACAUCAACGUGGAGGUGUGCUCCUCUGUGGACGGAGUUAAGUACAUUUUUAUGUACAUUUACAAGGGCUCCGACCGGCAGAUGGUCCGCGCAGAUCAGCUGAUCGAGGCCGGUCAGGACGAGGUGGCAGCCUUCCGAGACCUCCGCUCCAUUGGUGCGAGCGAAGCAUGCUGGCGGCUGUUCAGCUUCGAGAUGAGCGACCGGUCACCAGCGGUGCUGGCGCUACAAGUUCAUCUCGAAGACCAUCAGCUGAUCUUCUUCCAGCCUGGGGAGGAGCGGCAGGCAGUGGCUGGGGAGCCGCGCCACACGCAGCUGACUGCCUGGAUGACCUACAACCGGGCGUCGGCCGGCGAGGACCCCGAGUGCCUCCGGGUGCUCUACCCGGAUUUCCCCCAGAAGUACCGCUGGGACGCCGGCCAGAAGCGGUGGCACCGGCGCCGCAACAUGCAGGCGGCGCCCACCAUCGGCCGGGUGGUGAGUCUCACACCCAGGCACGGGGAUGUAUUCUACCUCCGGGUAUUGCUGCAUCACGUCCCCGGCGCCACGACAUUCGCCGAUCUGCGCACGGUGGACGGCCAGGUGUGCGACACACACCAAGAGGCGUGUCGGCGGCGUGGCCUGCUCCAGGACGACCAGGAGUGGGCGGAGACGCUGGCUGAGGCCGUCCGCACCCAGCGCCCCGGCCAGCUCAGGCAGCUGUUUGUGGUGGUGCUGCUAUUUUGCGCGCCGGCCGAUCCCGCAACCCUCCUCCACCGGUUUCAGGCAGCAAUGGGAGAAGACAUCGCCCGCCGCCACCCAGAGCUGCCGCCGGAGACGGUGACGGGACUGGUGCUACUGCGCAUCAGCGACUCCCUCCAGCGGGCCGGCAAGACGCUGGAGGACUUCGGCCUGCCGCCCGUGCCAGCUGAACACCAAGCAGCGGCCGCCGCCUUGGAGGGAGCCGAGGAGCUGCGGCGCCUGCCUCCCAUUAUACGGGAGGAGGUCGACUUCGACCGUGCCGACCUUCAGCACACCGUCGACCAGCGGCUGCCAGGCCUACUGCCGGAUCAGCGCCAGGCGGUGGACACGGUGCUGGCCGCGGUUGACGGCCAGGAGCCGCUCGCCCUAUUCUUGGACGCACCAGGUGGCACUGGCAAAACAUUUACCUUUAAUCUGCUCAUCUCUGCGGUGCGAGCCAAGGGCCUGGUGGCACUUGCCGUGGCGUUCAGCGGUAUCGCCGCUACACUGCUGGACGGCGGGAGGACUUUUCACAGCCGUUUUAAAGCUCCUCUGCGACCGGACGACACCGUCAUCUUCAACAUCUCCGCCCAGAGCGAGCUCGCCCAGCUGAUCCGGUUAGCGCGCCUCAUCGUGAUGGAUGAGGCUCCGAUGGCGCACCGGCAUCACAUCGAGGGCCUCGACCGGACGCUGCGCGACCUGACGGGGUCCGAUCAGCUGUUCGGCGGCAAGGUGGCGGUGCUGGGCGGCGACUUCCGGCAGGUUCUGCCUGUCGUCCGGCACGCCAACCAGGCAGGCAUCGUGGACGCCAGUCUCCGUCGCUCGCCGCUGUGGCGCCACUUCAGAGUACACCGGCUGCGGGAAAACAUGCGCGCCAGGCUGGCGCAGGAGGAGAACCAACAGGCCGAGCUGGAGGAGUUCUCCACCUGGCUGCUGCAGCUCGGCAACGGCGAGCUUCCCACAGACGCCGAGGGACGGGUCACCCUGCCGCCGGCGCUGGUGCUGGAAGCCGAAUUGCCGGCCGUCAUCGACUGGACCUUCGGCAACCUGACCGACGCCGAUAGCAUGGCGUCCCGCGCCGUGCUGGCGCCCACUAACAGCACCGUCGACUCGGUGAACAGUUAUGUCACCGACAUCUUCCCGGGCCAGGCCGUGGAGUGCCUCAGCGCAGACGCCACCGUCGGGGAGGAGCAGGAGCCGGUACCCCAGGAGUACCUCAACGGGCUGUGUGUGCCAGGCCUCCCGCCUCAUCACCUGCUUUUGAAGCCCGGCAUGCCAGUCAUCCUGCUCCGAAACAUCGACCCGGCCAGGGGACUGUGUAACGGCACCCGGCUCCUGGUGGUGGCCGUCCACGGCGGCCGGCUCCUGGAGGCGACCGUGGCCUGCGGCAGCGCGGCCGGCCGCCAGGUUCUCAUCCCCCGCCUGACGCUGCAGCCGCCGGACGACGCCUUCCCGUUCGAGUGGCGGCGGCGCCAGUUCCCGGUGCGGCCCGCCUUUGCGCUCACAAUCAACAAAGCGCAAGGUCAGACGCUCCGGCGGGUGGCCGUCCUUCUGCGAGAGCCCGUGUUCGGCCACGGACAGCUCUAUGUUGCCGCGUCCAGGGUCGGCCGCUGGCGGGACCUGCGCUUCGUCCUGCCGCCGGGCAGCGGUGGACGGACCGCCAACGUCGUCUACCGGGACGUGCUGUGA